AUGCAAUUGGCACUCUUAACAACCCAAAACUUUCAAUUGCUGCAAAGAUCCCCAAUGUCAUAUAACUCGAGCAGAAGGUCAACAGUUCAUUCUACCAAGGGGAUUGUCGCUAGUACACAACCAUUGGCAUCAGCUGCUGGUGCCAAGGUUUUGGAGUUAGGGGGUAAUUCCGUGGACGCAUGUGUUGCAGUCGCUGCUUGCCUCUGUGUGUUGGAACCACCAUCAACAGGCAUUGGAGGUGACUGCUUUAUGCUACAUUAUGACAAUAAUUCUAAGAAAGUUAUUGGUCUGAAUGGAACCGGUAGAUCUCCAGCAAAUCUGAGUAGAACUGAUAUCAUUGCAGAAAAUGAAUCUCUUGGUCGUCCCGAUGCUAAGAGAAUGUCCAUGGGUUCUGUUCAUUCUGUAACAGUACCUGGUGCUGUUGCUGGAUGGGUUGAUGCUGUCGAGAAAUGUGGCAGUGGGAAGGUCACCUUGUCCCAGAUCUUACAACCAGCUAUCGAUUUGUGUGAAAAGGGCCAUCCUAUAAGUAAAAUAUCUUCGAUUUUGACCCUAAAUUGUUGGAAGAAGUUGAAUGCGGUCAAUAGCCCAGAACUCUUAGAGUGCUUUGCUCCAGUGUCGCAACCCCUUGCACCUCCAAAAGAUGGAGAACUGGUCGUUAAUAAACCAUUGGGGAGAAUUUUAAGAUCGGUUGCAGAAAAUGGUAAGGAUGCAUUUUAUGAUGGUGAUGUCGCUCGUGGAAUAAUUGGAGAAGUGCAGCAUAGAGGUGGUCUUUUGACACUUGAUGAUUUGAAAAAUCAUGCUUCUACGCUAGUUGAGCCCAUUCAUAUGGAUUUCUUGGGCGGCAGAAUUUGGGAAAUUCCCCCUAAUAGUCAAGGGCUAGUGGUUCUGCUUGCACUUGGUAUUAUUAAAGAAUUGCAGAAAAGUGGAACCAUUGAUUUAUAUGCUAUGAAACACAACUCUGCGGAAUAUCUUCAUCUACUCAUUGAAGCUUUGAAAUUGGCCUUCUAUGAUGUGGAUGAAUAUGUAGGGGAUCCUGAAUUUGGUGGUGAUGGCAACUUGAUAUCUUUGUGGUUAUCUGAGUAUUAUUUAAAAAAAAGAGCAGCCAUGUUCGACUCCCACCGUGUGAUAGAUGGUUCAAAGACCACUCAUGGUGUUCCUGAUCCAAACGUUAACCAAUCCGAUACGGUCUAUUUUACCGCUAGUGAUCCUGAGGGUAAUGCCACCUCUUUCAUCAAUUCUGUCUAUACGGGAUUUGGUAGUGCCAUAAUUCCUAGAACUCUAGGGGGAUUUUGUUUACAUAACAGAGGCGCUAAUUUUAAUCUGUUAGAAGGUAGUAGAAAUUGCUUGGAAGGUAGCAAGAGACCAUAUCAUACUAUCAUUCCAGCACUAAUUACAGAUCCUGAGACCAACGAAUUGAUAUACACUUUGGGUAAUAUGGGCGGCUUUAUGCAACCUACGGGACAUGUACAACAUUUCUUAAAUUUAAUGUUGUUCAAGUUGUCGCCUCAAGAAUCGUUAGAUUCACCUCGUAUUUGUCUAUCUCCUCAUCCAGACCAUACUCACCUAGACAGAGGUCGUGGUGCUGGAGGCCCUGUUUCCAGUCCUGUUACACUGGUGGAAGUAGAAGAAGAUAUGGAUCCAACCGUGGUGGAACAACUACGUCAUUUGGGUCAUGCUGUGAAGGUUGUAAGAGCUCAUGACAGAUCGGUUUUUGGUAGAGGACAAAUUAUCAAGAAAACGUCUGCAGGAGACGGGUUCAUUUACAGUGCUGGUACUGAUAAGAGAGGAGAUGGUAUUCCUAUUCCUCUAAUAUGA